AUGACAACCUCAGCAUACACGCAUCCCCAGGUGAUCUUCAGGGACUUCAAGGCAGCCAACAUCCUGCUCGACAACGACCUGCAAGCCAAGCUGUCCGACUUUGGGCUCGCCAGGGCUGGUCCUGAAGGCGACCGCACACACGUCAGCACUCAGGUCGUAGGCACAGUGGGCUAUGCCGCACCAGAGAAUGUGCUAACAGGCCACCUGACAGCAAGGAGCGAUGUGUGGAGCUACGGGGUGGUACUGGUGGAGCUGCUGACGGGCAGGAUGGCAGGAUGCGCAUUAUGA